CUGCGGGGGUUUAAAGUGAUUUUGUUUGUGUAUUACAGGUGUGUGCUAAACUGACUGGACGUCUUCAAACGCAACAUUAAACCGUCGCUGUUUCAAAGUCUGGACAGCUGUGCGCCGCUGCCACGUCUCCUCGCUGUUUGGAGUGGACGCGCAAAGUGGGGGCGCACUCCUCGGGUUCCAAAAACCCUGCUGCUGCUGAGAUGCGCAGCUGUGACUGAGAGCAGCCAACAGUGGUGGACACUACACCUUCCUUCCUCCACCUCUUGGCACGUCUGUGCACACAGAAGAACUGACUGUUCGCGCUGAAAGAGAAGUUUUGUGCCUAUGUGUGUUUUUCAGCGCGGCUGCUUCCUCGCGCACUCGUACCCUCCACCUCCACACAGCGGAGGCACAUUGUCUGUGACGCAGCGCGACAGUGCGGUGUCCGAUUACACACCGUGCGCUGAGGAGACGCCGGCACAGAGCGCUCCUCUGUGGAGCAGAAAUAGCCCGAAGAGAGCCGCGGAGGGGACGAGCGGAGAAAUCACUGCAGAGAGACGGAGGAAGGAAGACAGACGGAGUUUAACCGACGACUCUUUCUGACGAGACAAAGAGCCAAACUGAGGAUAUUUCAUCUGCGGCUCAUCUUUAUUUCGUGAUCCACCUCACCUCUCCUACCAGCGGGUCAGGACGCGCAGCUCCACUCUCUGCUAGAUGAACGGGAGUUGUUGGACACCUCACCUGGUGUGUUUUUCCAAUGGUCUUGGCCCCUGAGGCCUGAGGAGAAGUGAGCCAAGCUCAGACCCCGAUGGGACACCCAUUUACCCAGCAUGCACUGCUCUUGUUGCAGUGCAUGCUGGUCCUACGGCCAGAAUGCGUGGCCAGUAGGAGAGGUCCGGUGCUGCUGCCAGAAUCACCGUGUCAUAAAACAGAGCACCCACUCGUCCCUCACUCAGAGAUGGAGCCUUGGAUCUCCAAGUUCAAGACGGAGGGCACGGUGGAUUACUCACAGCUGACCUUCGACCCCGGCCAGAACGAACUGAUCGUCGGAGCCAGAAACCAUCUCUUCAGGCUCAACUUGGACGACCUGACACUGAUCCAGGAGGCUGAGUGGCACUGUGAUGAGUUCACCAAGGGAGCCUGCUUCAGCCGCGGCAAAUCUGAGGAGGAAUGUCAGAACUACAUCAGGGUGCUGCUGGUGAAUGGAAACAGGCUGUUUACUUGUGGAACCAACGCGUUCACCCCCAUCUGCACCAAUCGAACGCUGACAAAUCUGACAGAGAUCCACGAUCAGAUCAGCGGCAUGGCUCGAUGUCCCUACAAUCCACUCCACAACUCCACGGCCCUCAUCACCUCCAGCGGGGAGCUUUAUGCCGCUACCGCCAUGGACUUUUCUGGGCGAGACCCCGCUAUCUACCGCAGCUUGGGUGGUCUCCCACCACUGCGUACAGCACAGUACAACUCCAAAUGGCUCAAUGAACCCAACUUUGUCUCCUCCUACGACAUCGGCAAUUUUACCUACUUCUUCUUUCGGGAAAAUGCCGUGGAACAUGACUGUGGUCGUACAGUGUUUUCCCGGGCAGGACGUGUCUGUAAGAAUGACAUCGGUGGUCGCUUCCUCCUAGAGGACACGUGGACCACCUUCAUGAAGGCCAGGUUGAACUGCUCCCGACCAGGAGAGAUUCCAUUCAACUACAACGAGCUGCAGGGAACAUUCUACCUGCCAGAGCUGGAGCUGCUCUACGGAAUAUUUACAACCAAUGUAAACAGCAUUGCUGCAUCUGCAGUGUGUGCCUUCAACCUCAGUGCCAUCUCACAGGUCUUCAACGGGCCCUUCAAGUAUCAGGAAAACUCAAGGUCGGCCUGGUUGCCCUACCCCAACCCCAACCCAGACUUCCAGUGCGGCACCAUCGACUCUGGCACGUACGCAAACCUGACUGAAAGAAACCUGCAGGACGCUCAGAAGUUUUUGCUGAUGCACGAGGUGGUCCAACCCCUGGUUCCCGUGCCCUAUUUCAUGGAGGAUAAUGUGCGUUUUACCCAUGUGGCAGUGGAUGUGGUGCAGGGGAAAGACAUGCUGUUCCACAUCAUAUAUCUGGCUACAGAUUAUGGAACUAUCAAGAAAGUGCUCUCGCCUCUCAAUCAGUCCACUGGAAGCUGCUUGUUGGAGGAGAUCGAGCUGUUCCCAUUGCGGAAGAGGCAGCCGAUCCGCAGCCUGCUGAUCCUGCACAGUCGCAGCGAGCUUUAUGUGGGCGUCAGGGACCAGGUCAUCAAGAUCCCACUCAAGAGAUGCAGCUACCACAAGAGCAGGGAAGCCUGUUUGGGAUCCAGAGAUCCAUACUGUGGUUGGGAUCUGUUGUUGAAGAAAUGUACCACCUUGGAGGAAAGUGUCCGAAUGAGCCAAUGGGAGCAGAGUAUCACCAAAUGCCCCGUCCGUAAUGUGACGGUCGAUGGAGGCUUCAGUGCCUGGUCGAUCUGGUCAGCGUGUAGCCAUAAUGAUGGUGGCACAGCGGGGUCGUGUCUGUGUCGGACAAGAGCCUGUGAUAGUCCUGCCCCUCAGUGUGGUGGUGAGCAGUGUCACGGCAUCAGUGUGGAGGUUGCAAACUGCUCAAGAAACGGAGCGUGGACCCCGUGGACCCUCUGGUCUCCCUGCAGCACCAGUUGUGGCAUCGGCUUCCAGGUCCGACAGCGGUCCUGCAGCAACCCAACCCCUCGCCACGGAGGGCGAGUGUGUGUGGGCCAGAACCGUGAAGAGAGAUACUGUAAUGAACACCUGCCCUGCCCUCCCCACGUCUACUGGUCGGCCUGGUCUGCAUGGGAACGCUGCAACGUACCCUGUGGCGGAGGCAUCCAAACAAGACGCAGAACCUGCGAAAACGGCAAUGACUGUCCAGGGUGUGGUCAGGAAUACCAGCCGUGUAACACCCUGCCCUGUCCUGACCUGAAGAAAACAACACCCUGGACUCCUUGGACACCUGUGAACAUUUCCGACAACGGCGGCCACUACGAGCAGCGUUUCCGCUACACGUGCAAAGCUCGCAUCCCAGACCCCAGCCUCUUAGAAGUGGGAAGACAGAGGAUUGAGAUGCGCUACUGCUCCAGUGAUGGAUCCACGGGCUGCUCCACUGAUGGUGAGGUGCUGCGUCUCGGGAGGAUGUCUGGCCACACGGUCAACGGUGGUUGGUCCACCUGGAGUUCCUGGUCUCAGUGCAGCAGAGACUGCAGCCGAGGGAUACGCAGUCGGAAGAGGACCUGCAGCAGCCCAGAGCCGAAGUACGGGGGGCAGACCUGUGUGGGACCUGCGCAGGAGUACCAGGAGUGUAACAUCACCCCAUGUCCAGUUGAUGGCAGCUGGUCUUGCUGGUCUUCAUGGUCCAAAUGCUCUGUGACAUGUGGAGGCGGACACUACAUGAGGACCCGAACCUGCAGCAACCCCCCUCCCGCCUAUGGAGGGGACAUAUGCCUGGGCUUGCACACUGAAGAAGCUCUGUGCAACACACAGCCCUGUCCAGAGAGCUGGUCCAGCUGGUCCGAGUGGUCCCACUGCGACUCCAACGGAGCCCAGCUACGUGUGCGUCAUUGUGAUGUCCUGUUCCCCACUGGAAACCAGUGUUCAGGAAACAACAGUGAGACCAGGCCCUGCUCUCCCGACUCCAACUUCAUACCUGAAGUCUCAAUUGCACACUCCAGCCAGGAGGAGAGACGCUGUGGAGAUUUCAACCUCUUCCACAUGAUCGCCGUGGGCCUCAGCAGCUCCAUCCUGGGCUGUUUGGUGACACUGCUGGUCUACUCGUACUGUCAGCGAUACCAGCAGCAGUCCCAUGACGCCACCGUCAUCCACCCCAUCUCGGCGGCUCCGCUCAACACCAGCAUCACCAACCACAUCAACAAACUGGACAAAUACGACUCCGUGGAAGCCAUUAAGGCCCUCAACAAAAACAAUCUGCUUCUGGAGGAAAAGAAUAAAUACUUCAAUCCCCAGCUUGCCGGGAAGACCUACACCAACACAUACUUCCACGACCUCAACACCUACGAUGACUAUUAACCCACAAUUCAACAGUUCAUACUCCACAUUGGGGAUCCUGACUGCAUCAUCCAAUUUUGUCUCUUUUCUUUUUCUUUGUGCUUUGUAUUGAGAUUCCUGUCACCAUGCGUGGGUCCGUGCCACUCUGAGACUCAAUGGCAGCUGCUAUGUAAUGAAAACACAGACACAUGUUGUUGCCAACAGAGAGAAACCGUCUUUCUCUCAGGUGCCUUUGGGGUACUCUUGGAAAGCUUACAUUUUGGGAGACAGUUCUCGCUUUGCCUCUUGCUAGAAAUAACAGAAAACUGGAUUUUUUUCCAACUUGGACAUAAAGGGAAAAUUACAAACUCUCUUCACAGAGACAGUAGGAAUUAAAUCCCUUUCAACUUUCCUGUGACGCCUCUACAACGGACCUGUAUUUGUAAUGAGGGACAUAACCACAAAACCGCUUUGCAUGAUAUCAUCUGACGUGUUCUCUCUGCUAUUCUCAUUUGUUUUUUGCAUGACUGAGCGCAUUCCAAGGUUUUGGGACUCUCUGCAGGUCUAUGGUUCAGGACUGGGUUUGAAAAUCAUGGAAAAGAAGAGCGCAGUAAUGUCUGGUGGUUUGAAGCAUUUUUGCUGUGAAAACUUCCAGACAGAUCGAUGUCCAUCCUGGUCCUUGAAUCAUGAUGUAGAUAAUUCAAGUCUAUGGUCAAUUUUUUUUUCAUUUGCUUUGUUUCAGACUCUUGCUGGGUCUCGGGUACAUGUGUUUUUGUACAGGAAGUUCAGUUCAAAACGUAAAAGUCUGUAGUUUUUCUAAAAGCAUCUAUUAAAUGUCUCCAGUGUUUCAAGAGUUUAACGUUUUCUUUUGCAAAGAAAGAAGUUUAUGUGAAUUACGCAGGAAGCGUUUGGAGGUCGUUCAUGACAGCCUGCAUUGAGUCAAGUCUUUGU